UAAAUGACAUCAAAAUAAGGCAAAAAAAGAGAGAGAAAUUCAAACCUUACAGCUUUGUUUCAUUGAAAUAUUGAAUGUUUAUUUUAGAGCAAAUCAUACAACCAUACAUCACGUUUUUGUGGUCAUUCCUGACUAGGGAAAAUUGGUAUUUUUCCACCGGUUCCCCUUCUUUGUUAUUGUUUAUUUGCACAGCUUGACUAAAAAAUAAAUAAAACACAUUUUGUGUUUCAGAUUGAGCUUCACAAUGUAUCAAACUAGCCAUUAUUCCACCUUCACUGUGUGCAAUAUUGUAAUUGCAAAGAGUGCCUGAGUGUAAUAUUUGGUAAUACUUUAGCAAACGUACAUCAAGACCGUGCCUGCUGUUAAAUAUGAUGGAUGGCUGGAUGGAUCUAUGGAUGGAUGGAUCUAUGGAUGGAUGGAUGUUCGCUGCCCCAAAGGAAAAACGUUGCAAGGAGAAUCACCGUCAUGUUUUCACUUCGCGUGUUCCUGGUUUGAGACAAAUGCAUUUAUCUGGACGUGUCGACUCGUUGACUCCCAACAUUUUCACUGUUCUCCUUCUGAGCAACAUGUUCCUCCGCUCAGCUGUGCUACUGGUGGUGAAGGAAGAGAUUUCCGAUGAUGGCGCCAAGUUGCCUUGUUUUAACGGCAGAGUGGUGUCGUGGUUGGUGUCUUCGGAGACUCCCGUUGCAGAGCCUCCAGUUGCGGUGGUGCCCCCUGUGGAAACAACCGCCCAGCCUUCACCACCUCCACCGCCCCUGCCACCCCCACCUGCAGAGAGGACAGGGGGCAUCGGGGACUCCAGACCACCCUCCUUCCAUCCCAAUGCUACGGGCAGCGUGGAGACUUUGGACGAUCAGACUGAAACCGAGUCCGUGGUUUCGUUCAGGAGGGAGAGACCCCGCCACAGAGAGAGCGUGGAUCAGCACGGGCCCCGCAUGAACGGCCAGAGCCGCCUGGAGCGCCACCUGGCAGGGUACGAGAGCUCCAGCACAGUGAUGAGCAGCGAGCUGGACACGACCAGCUUCUGUGACUCUGAGGAUGACGACACCAUGAGCAGGUUCAGCAGCGCCACAGAGCAGAGCACUGCCUCCAGGCUUCUGAAACGACAUCGUCGGCGGAGGAAACAGCGCCCCCCACGGCUGGAAAGGGCCUCGUCAUUCAGCAGCGUGACGGACUCCACGAUGUCCCUGAACAUCAUCACCGUCACGCUCAACAUGGAGAAGUACAACUUCCUGGGUAUUAGCAUUGUGGGCCAGAGCAACGAAAGAGGGGACGGCGGCAUCUACAUCGGCUCCAUCAUGAAGGGCGGGGCUGUGGCUGCGGAUGGACGCAUCGAACCCGGAGACAUGCUGCUGCAGGUGAAUGACAUUAACUUUGAGAACAUGAGUAACGACGACGCGGUGCGAGUUCUCAGAGAGAUCGUACACAAACCAGGACCCAUCAUACUGACGGUGGCCAAGUGCUGGGACCCGGCCCCUCAGGGCUACUUCACGCUGCCUCGCAAUGAGCCGAUCCGACCCAUCGACCCCGCGGCGUGGGUCAGCCACUCUGUGGCCAUGACCGGGGCCUACCCUCCCUAUCCGGGCAGCUCCUCCCUCAGCACCAUCACCUCCUCCUCCUCCGUCACCGAGACUGAACGUUUCGACGACUUUAACUUGUCGCUGCACUCUGACAUGGCGUCCGUCGCCAAGGCCAUGGCUUCACCGGAGUCGGGACUGGAGGUCAGGGAUCGCAUGUGGCUUAAAAUCACCAUCCCCAACGCCUUCCUGGGCUCAGACGUAGUGGAGUGGCUCUUCCACCACAUCGAGGGAUUCCAGGACCGCCGGGAAGCCAGGAAGUACGCCAGCAACCUUCUGAAGGCCGGCUUCAUCCGACACACCGUCAACAAGAUCACCUUCUCCGAGCAGUGCUACUACGUGUUCGGAGAUCUGAGCGACUGUGAGAACUACAUGGCCAACCUGGCGCUGAACGACAACGACGGCUCCAGCGGCGCCUCGGAUCAGGACACCCUAGCCCCCCUGCCGCUCCCCGGCGCCUCCCCCUGGCCCGUGAUGCACACCUUCCCCUACCAGCCCUACGCAGCGCAUCCCUACUCCAGCCAGCCGCCUCCGUACCAUGAACUCACCAGCUACAGCUACGCUCCGGGCAGCACGGGCAGCCAGCACAGCGAAGGGAGCCGAAGCAGCGGCUCGACGAGGAGCGAGGGCGAGCGGCGGCGCAGCAGCAAGGGCCCUGGCAGCACCGUGGGCGGGGGGGAGAAAUCCCCCUCCGGAGACGGCGGCGGCGCCGAGUCGCGCUCCGGCAGCGGCAGUGAAUCGGAGUACUCCACCCGCGGCAGCCUGAGGCGCGGCCACGGCUCGUCGGCCCCCAGCGAGCACAGCCACGCCUCGUCGCAGCGCUCCCACCACCACCGGAUGCCGCAGCCCCCCCACAUGUCCCCGUACCCGCCGGGCAUCCUGCCCUACAACCCCAUGAUGCUGAUGAUGGUGCCCCAGCAUCCACACCCGGCCAUGGCCGCCCACGCUCUCCAGCACCCGCAGCAGCUGUCGGCAGCCCCCAUGCACCAGGCUCUGCCCCCUCCUCCCUCCUCUACACCGGGGGGCCCUCCGGGGGCCCCUCCCACCCGUGACCUGGGCUCUGUGCCUCCAGAGCUGACCGCGUCCCGUCAGUCGUUCCACCUGGCCAUGGGCAACCCCAGCGAGUUCUUUGUGGACGUCAUGUAGAUUGCUUUCUGUUUUGUUUUUGUUUUUCUUUGCGCUGAUCUGUUAUUCGUGUGAAGGCAGCGUACGGUUCUGCUCGGCGAGCUCACGCCGCCCAUCGGAGGAAGGGCUUUGGUUAUAAAUUAGGUAAAACAGGGUUUAAAAUUACAGAAGAAAUAAAAAAAAAAGCAAGCUGAUAUGGAAUAUGGUUUGAUUAAAUGUACCAAUAAGUUUAGUUUCUGCUUAAAUAAAAAAAA